AUGGAGUUAUAUAAUGAUUUACAUACGGACGAUGUAUCAAAAAGAGAAUGGAAAGCAAGACUAAUUUCUGAAUAUCAACCCCUGCUGGCUUUUAUGAGUUCAUUUUAUGUAAAUAAGAUUGAAAAGGAAAGGAAGAAAGAAAGAAAGAGGGUAAAGGCCCGCAAGGAGUGCGGCAGCGAUCGUCGCGUUUGCCACAGAGGCAGCGAUGCUCAUAGGACGACGACAAGGAAUGCGGCAGCCACAGAGACAGUGGCGCUCGCAGCCGCCACUGCUGUUCUUGAAGGAAGAUCUUAUCGUUUACAGCAACCCUGGGUUGGAGUUGUGAAUCGUUCACAAGCAGAUAUCAACAGAAGUGUGGAUAUGAUACUUGCACGACAAAAAGAAAAAGAAUAUUUUGCCACAAGUCCUGAUUAUGGGCACUUGGCUAGUAAAAUGGGUUCAGAGUAUCUUGCUAAACUUCUCUCAAAGCACUUGGAAUCCGUAAUUAGGGCAAGAAUACCGAGUAUCACCUCAUUGAUUAACAAAACCAUCGAGGAACUUGAAUCUGAGUUGGACCACCUUGGAAGGCCUGUCGCUAUUGAUGCAGGGGCUCAAUUAUAUACCAUUUUGGAUCUUUGUCGUGCUUUUGACCGGAUAUUCAAGGAGCAUCUGGAAGGAGGCCGACCAGGAGGCGAUCGAAUAUAUGGAGUUUUUGACAAUCAGCUGCCUGCUGCGUUGAGGAAACUUCCACUUGACCGGCAUCUUUCGAUGCAGAAUGUGAGGAAAGUUGUUUCAGAAGCAGAUGGUUAUCAGCCCCAUUUGAUUGCUCCUGAGCAAGGUUAUCGACGGCUUAUUGAGGGAGCCCUAAAUUAUUUUAGGGGACCCUCUGAAGCGACGGUUGAUGCUGUACACUUCGUCUUGAAAGAACUCGUAAGGAAGUCGAUGGAGGAGUGUCAGGAGUUGAAACGGUUUCCAACUCUGCAAUCAACAAUAGCUGCAGCAGCAAAUGAAGCAUUGGAAAGGUUUCGUGAGGAUAGCAAGAAAACAGUCAUUAGAUUGGUCGAUAUGGAAGCUUCUUAUCUGACAGUUGAAUUCUUCCGGAGGCUUCCGCAGGAAGUGGAGAAAGGGGGAAAUCCAGCUGCUACAACUGUGGAUCGCUAUUCAGAGGGCCAUUUUAGGAGGAUCGGGUCUAACGUAUCAUCUUAUGUGAACAUGGUAUUAGAGACUCUAAAGAAUUCGGUUCCCAAGGCAGUGGUUUAUUGUCAAGUUAAGGAAGCAAAACAGUCUCUACUCAAUCACUUUUACACUUAUAUUGGGAAGAAAGAGGGUAAGCAACUCGUGGACUUGUUGGAUGAAGAUCCAGCACUGAUGGAAAGAAGAUUGCAAUGUGCCAAAAGGCUUGAACUGUAUAAGAAAUCAAGGGACGAGAUUGAUUCAGUAUCUUGGGUUUGAUGAAGCUAACACUCGAUUUAUGCAAUAAUUGAAUUCGCGAUUGAAGGGUAAUUCCAUCUUCUUGAUUAUCUAAAGAUAUUCUCAUUUUUGUCCAGUUCAUUUUUACCUGUUUUAGACUUUGAUGGUAGGUUUUUGUAUACCUAACAGUUGUGCCUAUAACUGAAACUUGCAGCCAAGUGCAUUGUAGUUUUGUAAUUUCAUAUGUUGGCAGUGAAAAUGUUUUAGUACAAGAAACUAGUUUGUGAGUGUUGUACCUUCAAGCUUUUAAUUUUUUAUGGAUUGUGGCUUGGACACAUUUGUAUAUAGUUAUACUACAUUGAUGACCGAUAUAUAAUUUUGUACA